UGUUUUCAUUGGUCAACAGCCAGUGCUUGUUUACUUCCGGAAGUCAUUUGCCAACAUAGGACUUUCCGUGUGGGUGUCAAAUCUCAACAUCCAAACGGCAGCGAGAUGGCACACUGGUUUCACCGAAACCCAUUGAAGGCGACUGCGCCCGUGUCCUUUAACUUGUAUGGCGUGGCAGGGAGCCCAUCUGCCAAUAAAGUCUGCAAUGACCUAAGGACAUCGAGGGCGAGGCUGCUGGAGAUGUUCACUGAUGUCACCUGCAACGCAGACAUCAUGAAGAACGCCACAGAUGCAUACUUCUCUCUCUUACAAUGCUUUAUCGUACCCUUGGAUGGUAGUACACAGGACAACAAGAUGAGGUACAUCCAGAACUUCAAAUGGACCGAUACUCUCCAAGGAAACACAGCAAGUGCCCAGCAAGAUGCAGUCUUCGAGUUGGUCUCCAUGGCCUUCAACGUCGCCCUGUGGCACACCAAGUUGGCCUCCAGAAUUGCUGGAAGAGAAAAUGUAUCAGAAGACGAAGCCAAAGAUGUUCACCGGAGCCUGAAGGUUGCUGCUGGAAUAUUUAAACAUCUCAAGGAGGCCCAUGUUCCUCGUCUCAUCACCCCUGCAGCGAAAGGCAGAGACUUGGAGACCCGAGUGAUUGAUGCAUACAUCAUCCAGUCUCAGGCAGAAGCUCAAGAAGUAACAAUCGCCAGAGCCAUCGAACUGAAGCACAAUGCUGCAAUUGUUGCAGCUUUGGCGUAUGAGACAGCAAACUUCUACCAUAGAGCUGACCACGCUUUGAACACUUUGGAGCCCGAAUGCAGCAGCAAGUGGAGAAAGUACCUCCAGCUGAAGUAUCACUUUUACUUGGCUUAUGCGUACUGCUAUCAUGGCCAGACGCUGCUGGACACUGAUAAGUGUGGUGAGGCCAUACGCUCUCUCCAAGAAGCAGAAAAGUGCUAUACUCGCGCCGAAGAGCUGUGUAAGGAUUAUCGUCACACCAAAGGUCCAGGAAGCACCGCUAAACCUUCAGAGCAGCUCUUCUUCCGCAAACUGGGCGGCCUGAUUAGAAACACCCUGGACAAGUGCCAGAGAGAAAAUGGCUUCAUAUACUUCCACAAGGUCCCAGCAGACCCCCCCCAGCUGGAGCUGAAAGCCAACUAUGGUCUGGCUGAGCCCGUCCCCUUUGAGCUGCCCCCACCCAGCGAGCAGUGUUCUCCUGAAGUCUACGCCACCUUUGACCUGACCAAGGCAGCCAAACAUGACAAGGCCAAAGCUAAGGAAGAAGAAGUACAAGCGAUGAAGGAGCCUGAUUUAAAGCCCCAGAAGGACUCAGGCUGCGUUAUUUCCUAAAUACAAGUCUUCAUUCCUCUCCUCAACAUAAGUAUCCACAUAUUUACAAUUUUGUUUUUCAAAAAUCAUAUCUGCUGGAAUGUUUGCUUAUGACAUCACGCACCACACCUUCCAAAUAUAAAUCUAAAGCAAGCAGUUUAUACUUCAUUAUCUGCUUUAUAGACAUUUAAUACGUCAUUCACCCUUCUGAUCUUACACCUAAAUAAUCAGGCUAUGCUUUGUAAAGUAUUAUUUCAAAUAUUAGUACAUUUCACCUUACAUUCCAAAUAUCUGUUAGUUUCAAACACGUUGAAGGGGUCAGUCAUAUUAUGAUAUUAUUCUACAUGUAAACACUUCCUUGUGGUCUGCACAACAUGUAUCACUGCUUCUUUGCUGAAACUUACUUCUUCAGGUGUGUGUAUAUAUAUAUAUAUAUAUAUAUAUAUAUAUAUAUAUAUAUAUAUAUAUA